AUUUUUGUGACGAUGUCUUUGGUCUUUGCUGUACUCUUCGCACCCGAUGGACCAUUCAAGUGGCCUCAUCCAGUUUUCUGGAGAGUGCUGACGUGCCUGUGUGUCGUGUACCAGAUGGGUCUGACCUUCCUGCUAUUUCAGACUGCAGACCAGAGCAGACAGGUGUUGAAGUACCUGGAUGAAUCGCUAGGGGAGCCGCUACAUUUUAAGUCUUACGGCGAAAACUGUACGUUUUGGGACGCUGACCAUCCGGAGCGAGUUGUACACAAGAUAUGGGCAGAAUGCGAUAUAUAUUGGGUCUCGCACUUCCUGGGAUUUUACCUGAAUGCCCUCGCACUGCGGGACUACUGGAUCACCCACGUGAUGAGCGUCAUGUUCGAGCUGAUAGAGUACAGCCUGGAGCAACAGCUUCCUGAGCUCGAGGAGUGCUGGUGGGACCACUGGAUUUUGGACGCCGUCCUGUGCAACGGCCUGGGGAUCUGGUGCGGUAUGAAGACAUUGGAGUAUCUGGACAUGAAGCUGUACAACUGGCGUGGCCUGUGGAAGGUUCCGGUCUAUGAUAGUAACAGAAAGACAACAAUGGAGCAGUUAAGGUCUCCAGACUGGAGCCGUGCUCGACGUUUCAGACGCUGUCUGGCUGUCUUUGGGUUCAUCAUAAGUGUAAGUGUGUGGCAAUGAAUACACACACACAAGCACACGAAGCCUUGUAAAAAAACUCAUUAUAUGUUGUAACUGAAAAGAAGUCUAACGUUAUAUCAGUUACCAAGUCGGACGCUACACUUAAUGCUACCACACCAGUGGCAUUUUUACAAGUACAAUCAGGCCUACGACAUAUUAUUCCAUUUGGUUUUUUCUGGCCAUGCUAACCAUUUCCUGAGGGGGAAAAGGUGAUUUUUUUUUAAAUCAGGCGAAAAUUAAUUAGCGCACUUAUGUCAUCCGUACUAUAACUUGCU